AUGCGCAGUGUGGCACAGACCUGACAACCGUUGAGGCGUUGAUAUGGGCACUGCGCUGGAAAUUAAUUGGGAUAACGAAUAACCAAUGAACAAAGCCUUACACGUAUUUGCCUGUCAUUAUACAUACACCAUAUUUGCCCUCACGCCUUCUCAAAAUGCUGAGCAAUAAGCACGACAAGCCGGAGGGCAAUGAUAACGUCAAGGUGGUGGUAAGAUGCCGUCCCUUCAACCAGAAAGAGAAGAUGAUGAGCCACAAACAGGCCGUCAUCGUAGACGAGAUCCGUGGGACCAUAACAGUCAACAAACUGGAGAGCCCCCAUGAGCCUCCCAAGUCCUUCACAUUUGACACCGUGUUUGGACCAGACAGCAAACAGCUGGAUGUCUACAAUCUCACCGCCCGCCCCAUCGUCGACUCAGUAUUAGAGGGAUACAAUGGCACCAUUUUUGCAUACGGGCAGACUGGCACAGGAAAAACCUUCACCAUGGAGGGCGUGAGAGCAGUGCCAGAACUCCGAGGGAUUAUUCCAAACUCCUUUGCUCAUGUUUUUGGUCAUAUUGCCAAGGCAGAAGGGGACACAAGGUUUUUGGUUCGUGUUUCUUACCUGGAGAUUUACAAUGAGGAAGUGCGAGACUUGUUGGGCAAGGACCAACUGCAGAGGCUAGAGGUGAAAGAAAGACCAGACAUUGGUGUGUAUAUCAAAGACCUCUCCAGUUACGUCGUGAACAAAGCUGACGACAUGGACAGGAUUAUGACGAUGGGCCACAAAAACAGGUCUGUUGGAGCAACAAACAUGAAUGAACACAGCUCCCGGUCUCACGCUAUCUUCACCAUCACCAUCGAGUGCAGUGAGAAGGGUGUGGAUGGAAACCAGCAUGUCCGCAUGGGAAAGCUUCAUCUGGUCGAUCUCGCGGGCUCGGAGAGACAGGGCAAGACUGGAGCCACGGGUCAGCGUCUAAAGGAAGCGACAAAGAUCAAUCUCUCUCUCUCCACGCUGGGCAACGUCAUCUCUGCCCUGGUGGAUGGCAAGAGCACUCACGUGCCCUACAGGAACUCUAAACUAACCCGUCUGCUGCAGGAUUCAUUGGGAGGAAACUCCAAGACCAUGAUGUGUGCAAAUAUAGGUCCCGCAGAUUAUAACUACGAUGAAACCAUCAGCACCCUGCGCUACGCUAAUAGGGCUAAAAACAUAAAGAACAAAGCCAGGAUCAAUGAGGAUCCUAAGGAUGCCCUACUGCGCCAGUUCCAGAAGGAGAUUGAGGAGCUCAAGAAGAAACUAGUGGAAGGUGAAGAGAUCUCUGGCUCAGAGGGCAGUGGGUCAGAAGAGAUGGAUGAAGGGGACGAUGAAGGAGGGGUCGCAGGAGAAGGCCGCCAGAGAAAAAGAGGGAGGAAGAAGGUUUCCCCGGACAAGAUGGUGGAGAUGCAGGCAAAGAUUGAAGAGGAAAGAAAGGCUUUGGAGGCCAAGCUGGACAUGGAGGAGGAGGAGAGGAAUAAGGCCAGAGCAGAGCUGGAAAAGAGGGAGAAGGACCUCCUUAAAGCCCAGCAGGAGCAUCACCUUCUGCUGGAUAAACUGUCCGCCUUAGAGAAGAAGGUGAUUGUAGGUGGGGUGGACCUCUUGGCCAAGGCUGAGGAGCAGGAGAAGCUUUUGCAGGAGUCCAACAACGAACUCGAAGAACGUCGCAGGAGAGCGGAGAAGCUGCGGAGGGAGCUGGAGGAGAAAGAGCAAGAGCGUCUGGACAUAGAAGAAAAGUACACUAGUCUGCAGGAGGAGGCUCAAGGAAAGACCAAGAAGCUGAAGAAAGUGUGGACCAUGCUGAUGGCUGCCAAAUCCGAAAUGGCAGAUCUACAGCAGGAACAUCACGGAGAAAGCGAGGGCCUCCUGGAGAACAUUCGCGAGCUGAGUCGAGAGUUGCGUCUCCAAAUGCUCAUCGUAGACAACGUUAUUCCCCAGGAAUACCAGGAGAUGAUAGAAAAUUACAUGCACUGGAAUGAAGACAUUGGAGAAUGGCAGCUGAAAUGCGUGGCAUACACUGGCAACAAUAUGAGAAAACAGACUCCUGCUCCAGACAAAAAAGAAAAAGAUCCAUCUCAGGUGGAUCUGUCCCACGUCUAUCUGGCCUACACAGAGGAGAGCAAGCGCCAGUCACUGAUGAAGCUCGAGAGACCCAGAACUUCUAAAAGUGGCAAAAGUGGCCGACCCAAGACCGGCCGAAGGAAAAGAUCUGCAAAGCCAGAAACAGUGAUCGAAUCCCUUCUGCAGUGAAGGCCGCAGAGCGGAAAGCUUCGUUUCACCGCAUCUUCUGUGUUACUUUUGCAAACGGAGUCAUUAGUCGAGUCUGAAGAAUUAGUUAUUUAAAAGAUUAUCUCAACACUGUAUAGCCGAAAUGUGACAGAGUGGCACCUGUGACAGGAGUAACACCUCUUGGCCAAGAGGACCUGUUAGUUGUAUUAAAGUUUAAAACUUCUAUGUGGCUCUCCAACAUUUUGAUGUAUCGUUGGAACACAUUUUGUUGGCAGCAUCUUCUGUUCAUUAAAGUUUCUUUAAACUUAUCACCUCUCGUACAUCAUGACGACAAUUACAAUGAUCGUGUCUAACCACAUUUGGUUUUCAAAACGACUACACACACACUAAAAGAGGAUGUUCAAAAAUGCUGUGGAUAUGAACUAUAAACUAAAUUCACACACUUUGAAACUGUUUUGUGUGUAUGUAACACAAAAUGUUUUGCAAUGAAUACAACACUGUUUUAUGAGUUUUAGAGAUUACAGAUUUCCUGUUAUGUAAGAAGCAGAUUCAUACUACUAGCCCAUGCUGCUAGCAAUAUGUUAUAAUUGAAUUCUGAUGAAGGGUGUUAGUUCACUCAGACAGGGUAUGUAGUCCCAAGGCUGUAACUGAGAUGUGAAUUACACUAUUUCUUCUUAAGGCAGGAGUGUAGUGGCAUGCAUGCCGGUCAGCUAUUAUGUUACUGCCAUCUGCUAAUCCAAGCAAGUCAUUUUUUUAUUUUUUAUUUACCUCCAAAAGUCAGAACACUGAAUUAUAUUGAAAUGCAUCUUCCAUACUAUUUGCUUUAGCUUAUUGCAGUAGUAUGAGGUGCAAAUCAUGUAUUUUAUGAUGUUCUGUAGACACAAACUGAUUUAUUUUGUAUCAUAAUGUAUGUCAAAUGUUUACAUACAUCAAACCCUAGGAUAUUUUGUUUAUUAAAUUAUUUUACAUGCUGUAUCUCACA